AUGAGGUCGAAAUUCAUGAAUAUAUGGUCGAUUGCCUCUCUGACAAUUGCUGUAUGCCUGCCAGUUCCACAACCAUGUCCAAAGGGUAAAGAAGUGUGUUACCAAGGUGCCAAGCUAGCAAAGCAGUGUACAAGCAAACCGUGUGAAGAGUACACAACAAUCGAUGACUACACCCGCUCAACUGGUUUCAACAAAUUAAACCAACAUAAUCCUGAAUGUGAUAACAAUUUAAUCGAGGGGUGGCAUCGUUUCAUUAGUUCUGCAGGCAACCAUAUGCCAUCUUCACCACCUAAAGGAGCAACUUCAUGCAACACAAAUUCUCCUAUAUGGUUACGAGGUUCACUUCCAACACAAGGAGGAUACGCCCGUCUUGUGGGAUGUGCAAAAACCUUAAGCAAUGUUUGUAACAGGCAGUAUCCCAUUGGAGUGAAGCACUGUGGAGACUACUACGUGUACUAUCUAAAACCAACGUCGAGUCAGUGUUCCCCAAAAGAGCGAUAUUGUGCAGGGAACAAAACAAAUUGCCAAGACGGGCUUCGCUCAAUCAAUGGAGAUGGCAUAGAACCAUGUUCAGCCUUAUUUCCUAAUAGGCCUAAGGAGGCGAUCAUGCACACACCCAGGGAAAUGAAAGGAAGUGAUUUUGAGGGAGUCAUAUUUGAGUGCAGUGUUGUUCCGGAGAUUAAUCAAUCCUACCCAACAAUUCACGAAUUUCAGUUUUUAGCCGAAGACUCAUCAAAAACCGUUGAAUUGCAUACAUUUGAAUCAAACAACACCAAAGUGUUUAUUACGGACGAUCAUUUUGCUAGAAAAGGCAUCAGUCUCGGAAAAGAGAUAUCAUGUCGUGUUAGAGCCAUUUUUACAAACGCUGACGGCAACCCAGAUCUCAAAAAUGCCUCGGGAUCAGCAUGGGAACAGAGUAAUGCCAUUUUCGUUGGAGUACACGUGAUGAUGGAAAGUGGGCCUCUGAUAGCUGGGGAAAUAACGUCUGUAAAAUUAACAUUUAACGUUACGAUCCCAAUAGUUUGUAACUUUUAUCCAUACUGCAAGGUUUCCGUUUUCCUUGGGUUUGAACAAAGGAUAAUUCCUGCAUUAGGAUGUAGUGCAGUUGAUGAACUAGCAUCCACAAGUUGUAAUGUCAUAUUUUACCCUGAGUCAGCGCGAACGAUUGAAAAAGAAAUUAACAUUGAAGUCAAAGCAUCAUCUCUGCACAGUUAUGAAAGUUUGUAUCACCUUCGCGUGUUUACAGGGGAGAUAGACGACCCGAAGAUUUGGCACAAUUAUAAAAUUGCAGAAAUACCUCUUCGAGUGAAUCAUCCAAAUGGUCGUAUUGAAGGAUCGACCGACUGUAAAAGUAUCAACGAUCCCCACAUGACAACAUUUGAUGGCAACUAUUACCACAACUACGAAGAGGGUGUGUUUCUCAUGUACAGAAAUACCGAGUUAGAUUACAAGGUUUACACGCAGACAGUAAAAUGUGGCAGAGCUUCGUGCAAUUGUUUAGUUGCGGCUGAAGUAGAAGACGAUCUUCUUGUCAUAGAUUCAUGCAAAAUUCAGCGUGUCGACUAUGGUCUAACUAGAGGUUUUCGAUUCAAGAACAGGAAGAUUAAACUUUUUCAAAAUGGAGUUUUAGCUUACGGUUUUUUCUUAGAAAGCGCAGAUGAUGGACGAACAUUAAAGAUAACAUUGCCGAGUGGUACAGUGAUAACCGUAUUAGAUGGACAUCUAGAUCAUCUAUUUAACGUAUUGAUAACCCCGUCAAACCUUGAUAAGCCAAGAGGGGGAAAGUUUGAUGAGGGCUAUAGGACACGAACUGAAGGGCUAUGUGGUGUGUAUGACAAGGACAGGGAUUUUAGAACUGAUUUGAAACCCAGAGAGACGGGAGCAGUAAUGGACAGUUGUUUUUCUUCAGAGCGCGGUUGCUACAAUAAAGUACUGAAGAAGUUCCCUCAACAAUGGCGAAUCCAUAAUACUGACUUUCUGAGUAAAGGAUUGCCACACAAAAAUAAAACAAGAAAACACUGUGUUUGCAUUGCAACGGGUGCAAUACUGUGUAAUGAUUCGUGUUCCGUGACGAACAGUAUCACUUCAAUGGGACAGGGUUCGUUUAAAGAUGAUGUGUAUCCCAUAGACGAAGACUUUCAGGCAGAAAUAUUCAGCGUGCACAGAAGCGUUGAAAACAUCAACACAAACCAACGCUUUCCGAGAUCAUCAAGAUCGGCAUUAUCAAAUGCGACAGACUUUUGUAUAACUACUGUUAGCAGCACCGGUGCAGCAAGCGCAUUGAAGGAUCUACCCGAGGGUGUCGAACUACACUCGUAUAUACAGGGCUGUAUAGAGGAUAUUAUGAUUACAAAUAGUACGGAUUGGAUAGAUGGCACAAUUGAAUCCCUCCGAGCAGAGGUUUUAAUGGUAGUUGGAAAGAAUAUAUCUCUGUGGAAUACAAACAAAAAAGGAGACCCCGUGGAACCUCCGACAGAGUUAGUAAAGCAACUCUGCCCACGAAAUUGUAGUGAUCAUGGAAAUUGUGUGAAUGGAACGUGCGAGUGCGAUUCAGAACACACAGGAGCAGACUGUGCCCUUGAACGGUCAACUCCCCCGACACUUCUAUUUGUACCGGAGAAGGGAUUGUGUGACGUACGUUUGAGACCAUGUAGAGCCACGCCGAUAAUGGGAGAAAACUUCGUAGACGCAGCAAAUCUUACUUGUUAUGUGAGACAGUUACAGAUUAGACAAAAUGGAACCACGGAUUUGAAGGAAGAAGUUCUAGUUGCAAAGGCCCGAUUCGACUCGUACCAAAGAAUUAUUUGCCCACUAUUUCCGACUGAUCGAGCUGUACAGCCUAAUUACACAGAAACACCUAUUAUAGCUCGAGAAAUGCCAGCGGUUGGAUUCAAGAUAAAAGUCAGCAAUGAUGGGAGAGUUAAGAGUAACUCAAUUGAUCUAGUGUCCUAUGAUGGACAAUGUGUGAAUUGUACAGGAUUUGGGUCUAUGAAUUGCUCACAAAAUGUGAAUGCAGAUUCAUGUUUGAUAGAUGGAAAAUGUUAUGCUCAUUUACAAUCGUUGUCAAGCAAUAGUUGUCAAAUUUGCAAUGCAACAGAAGACAGAACUAGAUGGACAAGAGACUAUAGAAAAUGUCUAAUUGGCACGGAAUGUUUCGCUGGUGGGGGCUACCACAACAGCACAUACUGUUUGAAAUGCCAACCAACAAUAAACAACAGCCAUUUUCUUUUGGAUAAUGACUAUUGCUUCAUUGAUGAGACAUGUAUUCCACAAAUGAUGGCCAAUCCUAGCAAUAAGUGUAAUAUUUGCAAUAAAACUGAAAACAGUAAUCGCUGGACACGAGAUCAUAGCAAAUGUAUGCUUGGAAGAGAAUGCUUUGAUGAUGGAGGUCACCAAAAUGGCACCCAUUGUUUGAAAUGCAAACCCAAAAUAAACAAUAGCAACUUAACAAUUGAAUCCGGAUUCUGUUUCAUCGAAGGAAAAUGUUAUGAAGAUGGAAUGAGCAAACUCGAAGAUGAAUGUGAAGUAUGCAAUGCAGCAGACAAAGUCACAGCAUGGACAAUAAGAACAGGUUGUCAGAGAUUACCAAAACGAGACUUGGUACCGCAUGUGAUUGUUAUAACCAUUUGUGUUGGAGUGCUCUUGUUUGUCGCUAUCAUUGUUGCCAUCAUGACAGCAUUAAAGAAGCAUAACAAGGUCGCCCCAAUGCAUACACCUAGUGACUCUAAUGGCAUUCCAAUGUCAAACUCUAGACCAGGUGAUGAAUAUGACAUGAAAGAGAAUCGUCGUACAAAGAUUGAAAUUGCAGAUAGGACCAUGUGAAGGAAAUGUGCUCCUUAGAGACAUUAUGGUCAUCUAUACCUGACUUUGAAAUCAAUUCGUCUUGAUUUUAUAUUACAUUAAAACCAAAGCAAAAUCUUAGAACUGAGAUGAACAAAAA